CUUCAGGUUGUCGUCCGUGUUGCAAGAAGCAGGACGUGAAACAGCUCGAGGAUUAGGGUUAGAGUUAAAGUGCAGACACUGAAGACACAAAUUACCUUUUGCCCAGCCAGCUGCCAGCAGCCAUCGCCAUCUCUCUUUUGCCGAAGAGAGAAAAAUCCCUUGGUUCACCUAGGGCGAGGCUGGAAUCUGGAAGGCGACGCGAUCCGUUGUCGCUCUCGAAAUAAUUUUCAGGAACCAUGAAUACGGAACCCAUUGGUGACGGCGACGGAGAAGGCGAAGGCUCUCCGGCGAUGACCGCGACAGAUACAGAGGACGUCGGUGUUUACUCAUAAAUAACACGAAGACUAGAUGGACUCAGCUAAUUAAUUCUGUUUAUCCGUCGCAUCUAGUACUACUUUUCAAAGUCCAGCGCCGCGGUCAACGCAGCCCCGACGCCAGCUGCCUGCGGAGCUUUCAAGUUUCAUAUAUUGUUUUGUUUCCGAAUGCCGAGUCUUUGUGCAGACUGCAGAGUGCCAGAGGUACAGGCCGCAGGUUGAGGAGGGAGGAGGCAAGGCGAAGCUGCUCGCCGUCGGCGCCACGUCCCGGGCGGCGGCGAAGUUUCGUGGUGGAAUCAGCGGGGCGCCCAUCGGCCGGCGAGGCCCCGGCUGCCCGGCCGGCCAGCCAGUCGGAGUCGGGCCGGGUGGUCUCCGUCGCAGGGCUAUCAACUUUAGAUCUUGAACAUGGGACCCAAAUCACUGGCCUGGAGCACAAUAUGAAGAAAACUAGCUUAUGACUGCAGAUCUCACCCAUGGGUUCAAUGAGUCAAAAAAUCAAAAUUUUCACAGAAGAUGAGAUCGCAAGUAUCACUAGCAAUUACAGCACUCUUAUCGGAAAAGGUGGUUUCGGAGAAGUCUACAGAGGGGUCCUUGACGCCGACGAUGAUCUGGUGGCAGUGAAAAGAUACAUCCGACAGGACUUGCGCGACGAGUUCAUGGAUGAAGUGAACAUCCACAGCGUGAUGAACCACAACAACGUGGUGAAACUCAUAGGCUACUGCAUUGGCGAAAGCACUCUGAUGCUGGUGACGGAGUACAUCUCCAACGGAAACCUCGACGACAUACUCCACAGAAGCGACGCCUCUAUCCCUUUGGACGUGAGGCUGGGCAUCGCGAUAGGGUGUGCAGAGGCGCUGAGCUACAUGCAUUCGAUGGACUCGCAGAGCGACAACCAUAUUUACCAUGGCGACAUUAAACCCGCCAACAUACUUCUAGACAACAAUCUGACGACAAAGGUAUCAGAUUUUGGACUGUCAAGGUUCCUUUUCAGUGGCACUACCCAGUUCACUACGACCUUGAAAGGAAGCAUGGGCUACAUGGAUCCUGUAUACUUUCACGAGGGGUGUCUGUCGCCGAGAAGCGAUGUGUAUAGCUUCGGUAUAGUCCUCUUGGAGCUACUGACUCGGAAGAGGGCAAAGUAUGGGGACGUCAACCUGAUCCCUACGUUCAACAAAGCCUGUGCCAAGGGGAAAGGGCUGAGGGAGCUGUUUGAUGCAGCAAUAGCUGAGAAGGACAACGUGAAGAUCCUCAAAGAGUCGUGGAAGCUAGCAUCCCAGUGCCUGUCACUGAACAUCCACACACGUCCUCAGAUGAAUGAAGUGGCCAAACGCCUUCGGAUGCUCAAGAAAGAACUGAAGACCAGUCCGCAGUCCAUACUGGCGACACACUCCAUGUGGGCCAAACAGUACAGGCAGGCAGGCUCAAGCUCGCCCAGCUUCAAGAAGAAGCUGAGCUUCUUCAAGGGAAACGCUAGCAGCUACUCUAAGGUCAUAUCUGAACUUGGGGACAAUGUAAGGGUUUUUACAAAGGAGGAGAUAAAUGAAGUCACACAUAAUUACUCCAAUCUUCUCAGUGGAGGUACAUCAGCAACCGAGGUUUAUAAAGGAACGCUUGAGGACAACACGAUGGUGGCGGUGCAUAGAUUGGUCUACGAGGGCUCUGAGGAGGCGUUCAUCAACGGAGGGAUGGUCGUGUCCAAGAUCGCCCACAGGAACAUCGUCAGAGUUCUGGGCUGCUGUCUGGAACCCCAGACCACCGCUUUCCUCUACGAGUACGUCGCUAAAGGAAGCAUCCUCGACAUCCUGUGUAGCCAGGAGGAUUUCCCGCUGGAUCUACGCAUGAGGAUCGCGAUCAAGACCGCGGAAGCGUUGCAGUACCUGCAUUCGUCGGAAACUGGCGUCACCGGACACGGCAGCGUCUCGGCGUCCACCAUACUCCUCGACAACAACCUCGUACCGAAGCUCACCGAGUUCUCGAGGUCAUGUACGCUGUUCAAGGAGAGCGAGACUACUUCUGUUGUUGGUGCUGGAGUGAUGAUCACUGGCAGCCUUCUAGAGAAAGCUCUGAACGACGACCCGUCCCGCUACGGCUCCGUGCUGAUGAACCUGGAGAGCGACGUGUACAGGUUCGGCGGCGUCCUGAUGGCGCUGGUCAGCAGGGACGGGGACGGGGACGGCGGCCACGACGGCCUCCUCGCCAGGUUCACCAGAGCGUACGAGACGGAAGAGACCGGGAGGGCGUUGUUCGACAGGGACGUCAUAACGGCGGAGGAAGACGUCGCCCUGCUCGACGAGCUGGGGAGGCUGGCGCUCAAGUGUAGCGUUCUGGACGCGGACAGGAUCGCUGUGAGGCCGACGAUGAAGGAGGUGGCGGAUGAGCUUCGGACGAUGAGGAGGUCUUGGAAGGAGCGUAGCCGUAGCACCGAGGCGCCUGCUGCGUACGUAGACGUAGCUGCUGCAGGUGCGGCGGUGGUGCCGGCGGAGGCAGCAAGGCUGCCGAACCUGAUGCGCCACAUGUUCGGGUACCGUCGGAUCUCCGUUGGUGAUCCUAUACGCGUGUGCUAAGUAGGAUGUACGGGAAAGAUCACCGAGGUGUGUAGUACUGUGUAGCGAUGUUUGUCUGUCUUCCUGUUUGUUCUUUUUUGUUUUAAAUUUAUACGAUGUAUCUGUUUCUAGACUUUGAUAGCUUGUUGUGAUGCCGGAAUUGUACAUAUAUAUAUUUGCUCCCCUUUCUAUUCAGACAA